GAUGCGCCAACUCAGCUGCUGCAAUCUUCAAAAGAGUUGUAUAUUAGUGUUGCUUCAAGUCGCUCCAAAAGAAUAAUUCACCGUAAAUAUGAUGGUUCAACACGUCCGAAGGUGUAGGGAAUUUACUGGGCCUACUCCUCACUCAGUGGCUAUCAGAGCAAAACCGACAAGCAAAAGACCUGUGGAACAUCUUAUUCUCGAAACAAGGAGAAAAGAUGAACUUAGGGAGCAAGCUAUAGCUGAAACCAAGUACCAGAAACAUUGUGAUCUAAAGUCGGAAUGGGAGAAAGCUACUGAUAAAAGAAUAAAGAGCAACACGAUUGCUAGAAGAGUUGAAAAGUUAAUGCAAAGAGGAACUUUUAGCUUGGAGGAUAGAAGAGAAAGAUUGAAAGAAAUGCUGUUGGCUGAAGAGCAACAGUACAUUGAAGAAAUGGAAGCAAAAGAAGAAACAACUCUUGAAAGGCAGGCAAAGAUGAGAGAAAGAGCCAAGUUUUUAAAAGAGAAAAGAGAGCAAGAACGACUAAAACUGGUGGAGGAAAAGCUUGAUCAGAGAUGGAGGGAUAAUUGUGAAGAGCUUCGCUCAACUCUUAGUCAGCGUCAUCAAGAUGAAGUUUUUGUGGAGCGUCAUGAACAGUUGAAAAUGAAAGAGGAGCAGAAAAAGAAGGAAUUAGAAGUAGAUAAAUUUUAUGCUGACUUGUGGGCAGAAGAUAUCAAGGUUAAAAGUAUGAGAGAAGAGCAAACUGCAAGGGAACAGAUUGAAAGGAACAGGGAAACAUUAAAAGUUCUACAAGUUCAGAUAACAGCCUGUGAGAAACAGCGAGAAGAUGAAGAGAAACUGAAGGAGAUGGAGGCACAGUGGUUGAAGGAAGAAGCUAAGCUUAGAGCAGAGGAGGAAAAAUGGCUACAGGAAGAGAAGCUUCGCAAGCAGAAGGCAGCAAAAAGGUCAAGAGAGGUGUCCAUCAGACUCAAGAAUGAGAAAGAGGCCAAAGAGAAGCAAGAAGAACUAGCACUGGACAUGAAAAUAUUAGAAAAACUUUUGGAUGAUACAAGAAAUGAAGUGAAAGAAGAAACACAGAGAAAGCGUGAAAUGCGUGAAGGGAAUUUACGUUUCAUGCAGUAUUGUGCAAUGAACCGUAAAGAGGAGGAGGACAGAGAGAAGGAGCUGGAGCGCAUCGUAAAUGAGGAAGUAGAAAAGAAAUGGGCACAAACUAUCAAGCAGUACAAAAUGGAGAGAGAUGCCCGCCAGAAACUCUUGGCAAAUGUCAUGAAAUCUAGGGAACAACAGAUUGAAGAGAGAAAACGACUUGCUGAAGAGGAACAAGAAGCUGAAAAAGCCGAAAGGGAUGCACUCUUAGCAGCGAUUGAAGAGCACAAGCGAUUAGAAGCAGAGAAUCAAGAGAGAAUAAAGAACAGAAAUAUUGGUUAUCAACGGGACCUUGACAUGCAAAUUGACUAUCAACGCAGAGUCAAGGAUAAACAAAUGGAAGAGGAAGAAAGGGAAUUCAGAAUGGGACAGGAAGCUGAAGCUGAAUAUCAGAGAAAGCUCAAAGAAGCCCUUGAGAGACCGACCACCGAUAGAGUGCACCCCAUGAGAAUCAUGGGAACAGCGCUGAGAAACAAAUCCAACUAAAAGAAUUGCCAUAUUGACGGUUUCGCCUUCUUUAUUUUUUGAAGAUUGAGAAAAUUUUGAUUCAGCUUUUUAACGAUGCCUAUUGUAGAGAUGUAGUGAAUUGUACAACUAAAACAAUGCCACCUUUUAUUUUCUGUACCGAAUAUAUAGCUUCUGUAAAUAGAGAUGAAUAAUAAUUGAGUGGUCUUAGUGAUAUGUACAUGUGGAACUAAUCUACGAAAUGACAUCGUUAAGGUUUUCAGUUAACGGAUGUGGCCAAAGUGUGUUGUAUGUGAAAACGAAAUCAUUUUUUUGUGUAAACAAAUAUUCUCCAUGAUGAUCCAGAGCUUGUUGCAGAAAAGAAAACUUUUAUACAAGCCUAACCUCUGCAAUUAAAACUCCUUGGCAUUUUAAGAUACGGAUGAAACUAUAGAAAAACCAUCAUCACAGUGGUAACUAUUUUCAAAUGAAACAACCUCGUUUCCAGGGUCUCUCAUCAUCCUGCCCCCUGGAGCUCGCUCCAGGGGGCGGGAGGAUGAGAGACCCUGGGAACGAGGUUGCACAUCAAACGCCUUAAGGAAGUCCUUUUAAGGCAGGUGGAAAUAAAACUUUCCCCUGUGCUACUGGGUGUAGGUAUGAAAUAAUCUUUUCAUCUCAACGGUGCUUUGCGCUGAAAGACACAAAGACUGAAAAAAUUCGUAUUCCGCUUUUCCUUAAAAAAUUUUGUCCACUAUAUAGAAUUCUCGUGCUGUCACUAGACAACUGGAAAGCUGGACUGCUUUUGGAACUUGAGAAGAAGAACCUUGAAGUUCAUUAAUUUUCCAGGAUGCGAGAACUUUUUAAUAUUCUCUACAAUGGCCAUAUUCCCAACGAGCCUUUUUAUUUUUUAGGAGGCUUUUUUCGGUAUUGCCGCAUUAUUGAUAAAGUGACGACUCACAUUUGUAAUUAUAAGCCGCUUUCCGCAAAUUAUACUUUAUGAACCGACGAUACCAGUUAGGUAGAGAAACAGGCACAGCGCGUAAAAAAAAAAGCAAAUAUAUAUAUAUAUAUAUAUUUAGUCGUUAAUGGAACUCU